AUGGCGAGAUUCAUCUCGAGACGCCUGCGCCAGUCGGGCCAGUCAGAUCCGCUUCAUCCACGUCGUUCAAAGUCCAAACAGUCAGCCCCCAAGCUCCAGAGACUGAAGUCACGAAAGCGACAGCAAUUCCAGAAUGAGAGGCUGGGAAUCAAGCUCGUCACAGACAUGACCCGCUUCCGCAAAGGACCCCAACACGUUGCCCAGAUUGUGAAACCCUCUCCAGUCCCCAGCGCGACGGGCAAGUUUGCAGAUGCCAGCGCAACAGGCAAAUUUGCAGAUGCAAGUGCCCUGCGGGCCCUGGAGGGGUCUCCCUCGUCUGCUUCCAUGGGCAACUGGGCCUGGCUGCGGAAUAACAACAAUCAGUCUCCUGCCAGCGCCACUCCGACCUCACAGCGCUAUCUUUCGCCCGAAGAGAGCAAGAUCGUCAUUGGCAUGUCCAUGUCCGAAGACGAUGCUGCUAGCAGGACGAUCAGCCCCUCAACUGCAACCGUCGCCACCCCCACAGACAGGUUUCCCCCUCAGCCAACUUCCUCAACACAGCCUCGAUACCAUCUUGGCCAAGCUUCCCAAUCGGCUUGGUCGCCCGAUACGGAAGAUGGAUGGUCGCCUGCUCGUCACCCCAACAUAUAUGCACAGUCCACUGGCCAGUCUUUUGUGCCCCCUGUGCCCGCCGUGCCAUCUGAUCUCAAGAAGAACAAAUCGACAAAGGCCAGCCUUUCCAAGAAUGACUUUGACGACGACAACUUCACACCAGUGACCUUGUUUGAGGAAGACGGUAAAUCCCCCCAGUCAGCCUUGUCCAAGAUCUCUCCAGAGACCACCCGAUCGCGAUCUGGCUGGUGGGAUCACGUCAGUACACCGUUUAAGGAGCGCUUCAGCCCGUCAUCCGCCAGGUCGGCCAAGGAGGCGGCAAGCCCCGACGAGUGGUGGAAGGGCGCCGACGAGAAGAAGCCCGGCUACAUGGCCCGAGAGUACGCCCCGUCGGACGCAUCCGCAUCCACACUGCGGCCCGUGGUGCCCAUCAUCCGGGAGCCGUCGCCGACCAUCGCAUCCUCCUCUCGCGCGUCGCCUCCGCCCAGUUCAUCUGGAUCGGAUACACGCUCUGAGAAGGCUGGCAUGGUAAUGGCAGACAACGCUGACCCCAGUGACGUGCCGCCGCCCUAUGAGCGUACGCCGUCGUCUGAGAAGGAGUCCCAGCAGCCUGUUCGGUUUCGCGCCGUGUUCCCGCCAAACCAUCCCCUGGCGAACCAGUUCCCACCUUCACCGAUGCCCGGAAGCCCAGGCCUCGACAGAGACAUGUCGUCUAAAGGCGAUAUCAAGAUGUCGGAUGUGCCAUUGACGCCGGCUCUCACCGGACCGGAUGCCGCAGCAGCGGACGCUCCGCUCCCUGACCGAGUGGCCGGCACAUAUGUUGGUGACCAGUUCCAAACCGUGCACGGCGAUGAUCCUGCCGCCAAAGUCGAAAAGACGAGGCGGCGCCACGAGAAAGAGGAUGUUCUCGCUCGCAAGGUCGGCGGCUUCUGGAAAGGCCGAGGCUGCCUGCCAGAGGAAGGUUGCUACGGACGCUCAGGCCGAGAGGGUCGGCAGCGCAGACGGCUCUGGCUCUUCAUCUGCCUGGCCUUCUGGCUGCUGACCAUCCUCGGUGUUGUCCUGGGUGUCGUGCUGUCGCGUUCUGACAAUCCAGAACAGGCUUCGGUCUGGCUCAACCUGACCGACUUCCCAGCGAUCCCCACGGGUCUCGCGACGGUCGUCGGCCCGGACAACUCAGAAGCCAUCACAGGCUGUGUCGAGCCUGCUUCGCUGUGGAGCUGCUCGCUGCCUCCUGAGCAGCAGGCUGCGAAUGAGCCGAGCGACGCAGACCAACCCACCUUCAUCUUCCAGAUCCAGUACGACAACAACACGCGCGAGCUGUGGGACAUUCCCAACAGCGCCGCCCCGACCCCGACAACCACGGAAGGGGUCACUGCUUCGACCAAGUCGGCCUCUUCUUCCACCAAGACGACGGCGACGACCACAUCGACCACGUCUAGCGCAGCCUCAGCAACAGCGACAGAUGCCCUCUACGGCAGCGAACCAUCUAACAAGCAGCGGCGGGAGGCAGACGAGCUCAUCCGCCGGGACACCCUCUACGACACAGGCAUCGCGCCCAACCCUGCAGCACCGUCCUAUGACGACAUGUGGUUCCUGGGCAACUGGACCGACGGCAUCGUGUCGGCCAACAAGUCGGGCGAGCCCACGCCCUUCUACAUCAGCUUCUUCACCAACGUGUCCAGCAGCGCGGGGCCCAACAUGCUCACCGACUCGACCUCCUCCUCCUCCAAGCGCAAGACGCGCCGAGACAGCGGUAGCCUGGCCUCCAUCCUGCCAGCACCGAUGCUCAACCCCGACGGCACCGGCGCCACGGCCCAGCUGCAUCCGUACCCGUUCCAGCAGCCCUUGCGCCUGUACGACCGCGGCCUGGACACGGAGCACUACGGCUUCUACAGCUACUUCAACAAGACCAUCUACGUCAGCUCGAUCGACAACACGUCCACAGCCGACCCGGCCUCGGGCGGCGUGCUGGAGAGCAGCGCCUCCUGGUACGUGACGUGGACGCAGACGCGCUUUGUGGUCAAGAUCUGGACCCGCAAGACCAACGGCGGCGGCGCCCGCCUCAUCGGCUCGUCCGGCACCGCCGCCUCGUCCAACACCACCAGCCCGGGCAGUUUCCCCUACCCCAUCACCAUCGGCGAGGACACGCACGGCGGCAACCUGCAGACCAAGUACAGCUUCGCCCUGGCCGUCGAGGAGAACCAGGUCAUCAACAGGACCGACGCCCAGACGUUUGCCAAUAACAUCGCGUACGGAAGUCCCGUCGUGAACCCAGCGUUUCCAGACGGGGACCUGAGCUGGGGCGGCACGGAUGGAGGCACGGGUGGGUGUCGGUGUGAGUGGGUGAACUGGGUCAAGGAGGAUGGGAGUGUUGAUACGAGUUUUGGUUGAAAACACUGAACAACCAAGGCGAUGAUGAUGUGAUGAUGGGAGAUGUUGUGAGGACGGAGAUGAAUCAAGAUGAAAGAAGAUGAUGAAUACAGCUUUGCUGGACUGAGCUGGAUUUCAAAAGAGAUUAAAAAAAAAGAAGCCAAGCAAGAAAAUUAGAUGUUUGGGAUCCAAAAAAGUAUCUCGCUACAAUAUUCGAGAGCCCGAAUAGUUAUUGCGGCCUCUAGAAAAGUUAAUUAAUACCUCAAUAUCACUGUUACCACA